AUGAUUUUAUGGUGCCUUUUCAUUGUAAUCAAAAAGGAUUUCACAGAAGGGAAGUCUGAACACAUUGAAGAGACAUUGAAUAAAAAUGAUAUUUUAAAGAUUAGUGGAUCUGAUCCUUUAAUGUCAAUUUAUUUGUACUCAACUCCAUACUGUACAUUCAAGCAUUACAUUGAAGGGCAACUCCAUUGUAGAAGUAAUGAAUGCGACAAGAUUUCAUUUGUAGAUUUUGGCGCUUCAAUUGGCUCCAUUGAAAUUAAAGCAAAGAAAACAACUAAAGUCAUACUUGAUGUAUUUACAUUUCCAAGUGCAUGCGAGAAUACAAGAUAUAUUACCAAUAAUAAGCCAACUACUCUUUAUUUACAAAAGAAUAACAGCGAUUCAAGAUUUAAUAUCACAAAUGACCAAGUAUUUUGCUAUUGGCCCAUAUUGUAUGGCACUUAUGAAUGGAAACUAUCACUAGAUUCAGAAAAAGACUAUGAUACUUUCAAAUUAAUGCUUCAAUCAGAAGAUAAACUCACAUUAACAGGCAAAUUACAACAGACAAUACCAUAUGAUUCUCCAUUAUACUGGUUUAAAUGGACUUCUGAUACAGAAAACGUUUCAAAUUUUGUAAAUCUUUCAUUAGAUUCACAAAAUACAUCAACGUUCAAUAUGACAUAUUAUUCUAAUAGAGAUAGUCUUACAAGUAUUAAAAUAUUAAUGAAAAACGCUUCUGAUGAAAAUUCAUCAGUUUUAAUUUUUAAUCGACAUAAUUCUUACAAAAAGGUAGCCAUAGCAAUAUUUGUUCUGAUAGCUCUGAUAUUAUUUGUUGUUCUUAUAUGUGUUUCUGUUUAUAUUGUUGCACUUGUUCGCGAACGAAGAAAAUACAUAGAAGAAAACGAGUCUGACGUCCAAGAACUUAUGGAUGAUUUCACUUUUGUUAGUAACUCUCAAAAUCUUCCCCAACCAAUUUCAUUUAAUUGA